AUGGCCAAAGACAAGGACGACGACGAGGACAAGGAUAUGUGUGUGUGUGUGUGUGUGUGUGUGUGUGUGUGUGUGUGUGUGUGUGUGUGUGUGUGUGUGUACCUCCCUGCGUUCCACCCUCUGACGCCCCAUCUUCCGCCCCCACCGAUCGCUGGUUCACCCGGGGAGUUCCACUUCGUGCACCACGCCCUGCCCCACGCCCGGACCAAGCGAAGCGUCCCGCACACACGCACUCUACGCAGCGACCCUCAUGUUCACAGCGUGGUGCAGCAGGCAGGGUUCCGCAGGGUGAAGCGAGGGUUCAAGGCCUUCCGGGUAGAGAACCUGGUCCCACUCCAUACCCUGCAGGCCCCCAGGCACCCCACCGACCCCUACUUCCCCUACCAGUGGUACUUGAAAAACGUGGGCCAGAACGGAGGCAAGCCACGCCUGGACUUGAACGUGGAGGCGGCGUGGCGACAAGGCUACACUGGGCGGAAUGUGACCACGGCGAUCAUGGAUGACGGUAUUGACUACAUGCACCCGGAUCUACGCACCAAUUAUAAUGCACGAGCCAGCUGGGAUUUCAGCAGCAAUGACCCCUUCCCCUACCCUCGCUACACUGAUGACUGGUUCAACAGCCACGGGACGCGGUGUGCCGGGGAGGUAUCAGCGGUGCGGGACAACGGCAUCUGCGGGGUGGGCGUCGCUUACAACUCCAUGGUGGCAGGUAUACGGAUGCUGGACCAGCCGUACAUGACCGACCUGAUCGAGGCCAACAGCAUGGGUCUGGAGCCCAACCUGAUCGACAUCUAUUCGGCCUCGUGGGGACCGACGGACGACGGCAAGACGGUGGACGGGCCGCGCAACGCCACCAUGAAGGCCAUCGUGCGAGGCGUCAACGAGGGCCGCAAUGGUCUCGGUAACAUCUACGUGUGGGCGAGUGGUGAUGGAGGAGAGGACGACGACUGUAAUUGUGACGGUUACGCGGCCUCUAUGUGGACCAUCUCCAUUAACUCCGCCAUAAACGAUGGUUCCAACGCCCAUUACGACGAGUCCUGCUCCUCCACACUAGCCUCCACUUUCAGCAACGGCGCCAAGGACCCGAGCACCGGCGUGGCCACGACGGACCUGUACGGGAAAUGCACCAAGACGCACUCGGGGACCUCCGCCGCCGCCCCAGAGGCUGCGGGAGUGUUCGCCCUAGCGCUGGAGGCCAACCCGGGCCUCACCUGGCGCGAUGUGCAGCACCUCACCGUGCUCACCAGCAAGCGUAACUCCCUCUACGACGCCAAGCGCAGGUUCUCGUGGCACAUGAACGGCGUGGGGCUGGAGUUCAACCAUCUGUUCGGCUUCGGGGUGCUGGAUGCGGGGGCCAUGGUGGCUCUGGCCAAGGACUGGGUCACCGUGCCGCCCCGCUACCACUGCGAGGCGGGGGUCUACAACACGCCCAAAAAGAUGACAGUCAACAACUCAGUAUUACUGGAGAUCUCCACGGACGCGUGUGCGGACAGUGACACGGAGGUGAACUACUUGGAGCACGUGCAGGCCGUCAUCACCCUGAACGCCACCAGGAGGGGCAACGUGGAGCUGUUCCUCAUGUCCCCCAUGGGCACCCAGUCAAUGAUCCUAAGUCAACGGCCCAACGAUGAUGACGGGCGUGACGGGUUCACCAAGUGGCCCUUCAUGACCACCCACACCUGGGCAGAGAACCCCCGCGGCACCUGGCGUCUGGAGGUGCGCAUCGUGAGCAGCAGAGGUGGGCGGGACGAGAGGAAUGGGGCCGAGGAGGGCUGGAUCAAGGAAUGGACGCUGAUGUUGCACGGCACGCGCGAGGCACCCUACGACCACCUGGCUGUCAACGACCCCCACUCCAAGCUGGCCAUCGUCAAGAAGGCUCACCAGGAAAAGAAGAUGUAGAGUGUAUCAUGUACAAAGGAAAGGCAGCGAAACGGAGGAACAUGAGUGAAAGCAAUUAAAUUUUCUUUAACCAAUGGCUCAGCAAGAUUGUAAACAUCAGUAAUGGCAUUAUAUAUAUAUAUAUAUAUAUAUAUAUAUAUAUAUAUAUAUAUAUAUAUAUAUAUAUAUAUAUAUAUAUAUAUAUAUAUAUAUAUAUAUAUAUAUAUAUAUAUAUAUAUGCAGAAAGUUUAUAAAGUUUAUCUGAUUAUUGUUUGAUUAAAUAAAAUGCAUAAUGUAGAUGUUUUUUGAGAACAAAGCGUCACAUGGUUGCAUCUUACUCAUCAUGAAUUUCGACACACUGCUGACCUCACGUCAGCCAAGUAACAGCGGGAACAAAGAAUCGAACACCAGUGAGGAACAAAGACCAAGACGGACAAGCACAAGCUUCGUGACACAGUGAAGACCGAGACUGGAAACACUCCGCAGCAAGACGUCCCUCAGGUGGUGCGGGCGACGGACCAAUCACGCCGCGCACCGCGCAGUGCAUCCAGCAUUAGCAACGCUAGAGGUUUACGGUGAUAGCAUUGCAAUGGACCACUCAACUUGCCCGGCACAUGUCUGAGAAGCAGCCCCUUGGUCUUGCAGCAGCUAGCCGCGUCUGGCCUCACUGGAUGAGCCCCCAGCCCUUCUCCAGUGGGGCCCCGCUAGCACAGGCGCUGCUUCUCAGACAAGACGCUUCUUUCCCUCUCCUCUGCGUACUGUUUACCACCGCAACCGUAGUGUCUCUUGAGAUGUGAUUACAUUCCAUAGCCUCAUGCUACUUAAAUGAAGUAUGAUUCUGUUUAGCAAAUUCCUGUAUGACUUACAUUAAUCCAGUUAUUCGUUUUACCUGCCGUUGUGUAUAGUUUUGCACCUUGGUUUACUCCGGCACUAUUGUUUAUAGAAUGCAUUCAGUGUAUAGUGAAUCUGGUGGAGCUCAAGGCCAGUGUGGGGCUGCCUGGGGGUGUGGUGCUGUGCCGUGGCCUCACACGUCGAGUUGGUAUCACGGAUAUCUAGGUUAACACAGUCUCCACAGAUGACAAGUCAGCGUCUGUCUGUCAGUAUUACAUGUUAUUAGCCGCACGGGAACGGAGAGAGUUGCCAAAACAUGACACUCCUGCUUCAGCACACCUCAUUAUCGCGCACACUGCUGCCCUGCUUGUUACCAAUAGCACAGCGUACCCAGGAGAGAACCCUUGAGUCAGUACGACGGUAGACCGCAUGCUUAGUAUCACCAAUGGCAAUCCAACAAGAUGAUUAGACGGAUGUGUUGCUUCCAUCAGAUGAAGAAAUUGAAUCGAGUCAGUCACCAUGAAAUAACUCAGAAUGGAAGGUGAUAAUAUGAAGCAUUCAAUAACGCGAUGCAAGACUAUCAGGGCGUAGCCUCUUCAAGACUUCCAGACUCUAUACCUACUACACAUCGCUUCCUGCUAAGGUGAUGGACACGGGACCUCACUCGUUCAUGAGGGCCUGUCAGGUGUGUGUGAUCUGUGGCCACGCGCAGUGAAUGCCACCCAGCGCCCGUGCUCCGCUAUGCCAAGUACAGUACAUGUCUCUUUCUGGUGUCAUCUGUGUUGCAGUAAUCUAAUCCUUUGCCGCCAACCUCUCUCUGGUCCCUUCACAUGACCUUGCUAGCCCUGACCAGCCCUGUGGAUGCCAUUCCUUGCUCAGCCCUCCAGACAAAAUGAAUCACUUCCCUGAGAGCUAAGUAGUGUCCACCAGAGUAGUGAAUUCCUCCUUCCUGCUGUUGCGCGUGUGGUGGCGGGCUGCCCUCCUCCUCCUCCUCCUCCUCUCCUGUACCUUAGUGAUCAACUAGUAGAAAGGAUAAUACAUCAUAUAUCACAACCUAUACAGUAUAUAAAUACUAUAUAUAAAUAUAUACAUAUGGCGAAGAUUAGUCAUUUAUAUGUGGAAAGGGAGCAUAAUGAGACACGACACAGACUUGCAAGAGUAAGUCCACCGCUUCCUCCUUCACCUGCUUCAACGCCCACGACAGGAAAAAAGACCUCUUCAUUAUCCACCAAACUGCAUAUGCGUAUAGUCAAAGAUAUGCCAGAUACAUUGUACAUUAGGAAAACUUAAAGACUGUUAUCUAUGACCACAUCUUUUCAGCCACUUUCCUUUGGGCUUUCUCGUGUAAGUCUCGGAGUUUCUGUCUGUCAGGCUGAGUGGGGUCUCUCUUGUCAAAGUUUGGAUUCAGUGACGAGUCUUUUGUCUAUUGUUUCGGUGCUCUUCAGUUACAUUGCUUUGUCUCCAGAUAAGGUUACUAUAAUACCCGAACACAAGUUGGGCUGUGUUGACGAGUCUCUGAUACCACACCUGACUGGGGAGGCUCCGCGCAGCUGCCCCCAGGAUGCACACACUCCCUACCCUCGGCGGGAGGUGGUUAGGUAUGGCUGGCUUGCUGGAUGCCACCCUGGACCCUCAGCCUAAGUUAUUGCCACACUAGAUCUACGGCCUGGAGCCCGUGCCUCAGCUGCGCUCUGGCAACACUCAGUGGUAGAGACAAAGAGAAUGCUUGGAGUUUUGCAUGAACCAACUAAUUCUGGUUUUAGAUUUGAUACCUUUCCUUCCCACGCCACCUAUCCACCAUGCUUAGUACACAACAACAGGCUUACAGACGUGAUGGUGGUAACCUUAGACACUCCAGCGUUUUGUUGCCCCUCAGUAAAUACUCCAGCCUUGUUGAACUUGUGUUACACUCAAGUAACGUAGAUUAGUGAGUCUGGUGAGUCAGAGUCAAUGAAUACCUGCAAACUUAUUACUUUGCUGACCACCCCUGUAGGAGCUAACCAGUGUGGGCCAGGCAGCCAGCUACAGCCUCCCUCUGUACGUAGCGACAACAACAGUAGGUAAGCUUGCACAUUACUACCUUCACGAGUUUGCUUUGUGUGGAUACUUCAAUUAUUACAGCUCUCUAAUUUUUCUGAGGAAUUUUAAAUAAAAGAUAAAGAUUAUAUAUAUAUUGUUUUAGAUCUGUAGUUAGUAUAUACAAAUGUCUAUUUAUUUAAAAUAUAUAAAAUAUAUAUCUUUCUAUGUAAUUCUAUCCUGCAUAAUUUUCAAGUGAAUGAAGGGAGGAAUCCAUAAUGCUAAUAGUGAGGAGGAAAAAAAUGCAGUCCUUUAUAAGCAGUGUUAAAUAUUAGUUAUAUUACACAAUUAGGUGCACUGCAACAAAGUGAAUGUUAUUUUUUUGAGAGUAUUGAUGCCCGAUCCUUAUCAUUAUGAUUAUUCCAUUAAACAUCCACUGAUAUCAUUAUUGCUUUACUUUUUUUAUGUUGUAAAUAAGCAAAGACUAAGGAAAGAAUAAUCAUCAACUUAGAAUAUCAGUUGAUUAAGUUUGCAUUAAGAUGUAAUAUAACAGACACAUGCGAGCUUGUAUCCGAUGUCAAGAGAUGUAUUUUGAAUGUAUAUCAACAAGGAAAAGGAAGAAAAAAUGAAAUUAUUUGGCCUUCCA